AUGAGUUCCAUAAAUAACUUACGAAGAGAAUAUCGAAAUUAUAUAAUACCAAGGGAUCAACGAUGGCUUGACUUUCAAAAAUACGUUGCAUAUUAUGAAAUCAAUCAAAUGUUUGCACGAAGACUAUUCACUGGAUUAGAUGGAUAUGAAAUUGUUUUCAUAUGUGACGAUUCAGGCUCAAUGAGUACACCGUUAGAUGAUAUUCGAAAUACUCAGAGAAGAUUCGAAACUCGAUGGAGUAGAUUACAAAAAACAGUGUCUAUAGUCGUUGAUCUAGCAAGUACAUUGGAUCCCAAUGGUGUUGAUGUGUACUUUCUUAAUCGGGAUCCCGUUUUACACGUUAGAAAUUCUAAGGAAUUAGCUGCAACGUUUGCAGAGGAUCCUUCGGGUCCAACUCCAGUGACAAAAAUUCUUCGAAAAAUUCUGCACAUUAAACGCGAUGAAAUACAACAGCGAAAUCUACUCAUAGUUUUGGCUACAGAUGGUCUACCAACGGAUGAUGCAGGUCAUACAGAACUUGCACCAUUUGAACAUGUUUUGGAAAAGGAACGAAUCCCGAUAAACAAAAUUCCUAUGACAAUCAUCGCUUGUACAAAUGAUAGGAAAAUUAUGGAUUACCUCAACUUUCUGGAUAAGCAUGUUCAUUAUUUGGAUGUUGUUGAUGAUUACAAGAACGAAAGAGAACAAAUCUUAAGAAUUCAAGGAAGGAAUUUCCCAUUUACUUUUGGUGAUUAUAUUGUCAAGACUCUUAUGGGCGGAGUCGAUCGAUGGUUUGAUCUGUUGGAUGAAGAAAAAGUUGUCCUAGAUGAUUCUAGAUAUUCGAAGCAUCGAUAA